AUGCCUUACAACACCAACGCCAUCCCUCCAAGAAAGGAGGUAACAGGCCAGCCGGCUCUGCCUCUGGCCCGCGUGAAGAAGAUCAUUGCCACAGACCCAGACAUAGGCAUCUGCUCCAACAAUGCUGCCUUUGUCAUCACACUCGCAACAGAGAUGUUCAUCCAAUACCUCGCCAACGAGGGCCAAAACAUGGCCAAGAUGGACCGCAAACCCCGCCGCAACGUCCAGUACAAGGAUCUCGCAAACGCCGUCAACCACCACGACAACCUCGAAUUCCUCGAGGACGUUAUCCCAAAGACGAUCCCCUACAAGAAGAUCAAGGACCAAGCCGCAAUCUCCCGCGCGAACCCCAGAAAGGCCGACUCGGAACCUAAGAAGCGCCAGUCCACCACCAACGGCGUCAACGGCACCGCUGCUGGCCCCGCUGCCGCUGCUGCUAUCCAGGACGAUGACCCCAACGCCCAGCUUGAGGCCGAGGCUCGCCAGGCUGACGGCGACGUCGACAUGACGGGCUGA